GCCCGGAGCUGGAUGACUCUCUCUAGGGGCUGCCGCGCUGUACUUUGGAGUUGGUGAGGAGCUGGGCGGUGAACGGGAUCUCUGGCCUGGCUAUUGUACCGUGUGGAUGAGCUUAUUGACUAACUGGCAAGAGAGGUCCAUGUAUUUGGUGCACCAUUUUUCUCAUGCUCACAUCAACAGAACUGGUUGCGAAUAUCUACCCAAAAGGCCAUUCACAUGCUCACUUCAGCAUUCUGUAGAUGCUGCCAGACUUGCUGAGUUUCUCCAGCAAUUUCUGUUUUUUUUUCAGAUUUCCAGCAUUCGCAGUUCUUUGUUUUACAAGAUGUGGUGAUGGCUGAGAAUGGAUGAUGAUGAACCCACCAUCAAACCUCGUCGCAUCGAGAAUCAGAAUGUUGUUUACCGCCUGGAGCGCCGGAGGAUCUAUUCCGGCAGGCCUGGAGCUCACUGGUACAUGGUGCGUUGCCUGCAUCAGAAUGUGUUUCCCAACUUCACUGUGGUUAACGUAGAAAAGCCGCCGUGUUUCCUGCGUAAGUUCUCUCCUGAUGGCCGCUAUUUCAUUGCAUUUUCCCUGGACCAAACCUCAUUGGAGAUCUAUGAAUACCAGGGCUGUCAGGCAGCUGAGGACCUCCUUCAGGGCUACGAUGGGGAGAUCAUGCUGAAUGGUGCCAAUGAUCUGCAGUCUGUCAACAUCCGCGGCAAAUUGUUUGAGCGCUUCUUUGUCCUGCUGCACGUCACUAGCGUAGCGUCGAAUGGGGAGCACCUGAAUCGUGAGUGCAGUUUGUUUACUGAUGAUUGCCGGUAUGUCAUUGUUGGCUCUGCUGCUUAUCUCCCUGAGGAGCCUCAUCCUCUCUUCUUUGACGUUUACCGAAACAAUGAGUCUGUUACACCAAACCCUCGCUCACCGUUAGAAGAUUACUCUCUGCACAUCAUUGACCUGCACACAGGGAGUCUUUGUGACACGAGGACCUUUAAGUGCGACAAGGUCAUUCUCUCGCACAACCAAGGGCUCUACCUGUAUAAGAAUAUCUUGGCUAUCCUCUCUGUGCAGCAUCAGACCAUUCAUGUGUUCCAAGUUACCCCAGAAGGAACUUUCAUCGAUGUUCGAACCAUUGGGCGCUUCUGUUAUGAAGAUGACCUCCUCACUGUUUCAGCCGUGUAUCCUGAAGUGCAGGGUGACACGCAAAAUGCCCCGUCACGCCCUUUUAAGGAGAAAACGUUGAACUCUUUAAAGCAUCGGCUGCUGGUAUACCUGUGGCAAAGGGCAGAGAGUGAUGGAAGCGCUGCUUCUAAGCGACGUUUCUUUCAGUAUUUCGACCAGUUGCAGCAGCUACGGAUGUGGAAGAUGCAGCUUCUGGAUGAGAACCACCUCCUGAUCAAGUACACAAGCGAGGAUGUGGUGACCCUUCGGGUCACCGACCCCUCUCAGCCGUCAUUCUUUGUUGUGUACAAUAUGGUGACCACCCGGGUUCUGGCUGUCUUUGAGAAUACUUGUGAUGAGCUUUUACAGUUAUUUGAAAAUUUUUGUGAUCUCUAUCGGAACGCUACACUGCACAGUGAGGCUGUGCAGUUUCCCUGCUCAGCAUCAAGCAAUAACUUUGCCAGACAAAUUCAGCGAAGGUUUAAAGACACUAUCGUGAAUGCCAAAUAUGGGGGACAUACAGAGGCAGUGAGGCGACUCCUUGGGCAGCUGCCAAUCAGUGCGCAGUCCUACAGCAGCAGUCCAUACCUUGAUCUCUCUUUGUUUAGCUAUGAUGACAAGUGGGUCUCUGUCAUGGAACGGCCCAAGACUUGUGGUGAUCAUCCUAUCAGAUUUUAUGCUCGGGAUUCAGGUCUGCUUAAGUUUAAAAUCCAAGCGGGGCUCCUGGGACGGCCAAUUAACCACACAGUGCGACGCCUAGUGGCUUUCACCUUUCAUCCUUUUGAGCCAUUUGCCAUAUCAGUGCAGAGGACUAACGCAGAAUAUGUUGUUAGUUUUCACAUGCGGCACACGUGUGUAUGAUGACAGUGUGCAAUCAGUAAGCAGUUGUGCUGCUUGGAUUUACUGUGGACCUUCGUGGACUGUCAUGAAUAGAUCCUAACAAACCUCAAACUACCAAAGGUGGAAUUUUGAACGUUGGUCAACAGUGGUAUUAUCCUUGGGUUAAAGUUAUAUUCAGGCUUCUGAUUCAUCUUCGAUAUCUGACCUGCUACAUGAUCAACAGCUUUAAUGCAACACUUGUCUCAGCUCAGAAAGUAAACCUUUCGUAUGUGGCGUGUCUUGACUGUUAUCCCUAUCCCAGUGAGCCUUUUAUUCAUUUUUAUUUUGUCAUAUGUUAAAUGCUAAAACUAUGGUAUAUCCAGACAUUUAAUUAGUUAAUUCCCAGCUAGAAGAUGGUGGACUUGGUGCAAUAAACUCUGUUCAUAGUUUUACCAUUGUGGGAGGGGGGGGGAGCGGGGCAGAGGGAUGGUAGUGGGGUGUUAGUGGUUGGGGCGAAGAAGUUUCAUUUUUAAUUGGGAAUUGUAGAUGAAUGAGUCUUGAUGGUGACCCUGAGGAGGUGAAUGGGAUUUGGAGAAUUGGAAAUAAAAAUAGAAUCAUGCUGGAAAUAGAAAGCUUUUUAGUUCAAUUUGAAAAGAGGAAGUCCAGACAAAUAGCCUUGUUUUGAAUGCUUCCAAAUAUCAGGUGGUCCUCCAAAAUUAUGACCUACUCUUUAUUUCCAGCAGUUUUGUAUUUGCUCCCAGUAUUUGACAAGUGAAACUGGCUAUAAACUACCAGCUCUGUCAAAUUUAAGGUACUGUAGUCUUCUUAUUUCAUCGAUGUGAAUUUACUGAACGAGAAUUAAUUUUACUUUGAAGUGUCCUUUGUACACUUCAACUCUUCAAUAUUUUUGGAUAAGAAUUACUGUAUCAUCAAUUUCUAAUUUUACAAAUGAAAUGACACAUUGGCUUUAAAUUUAUUUCUUCAUGUGAAUGCUACAUUUGGAAACACCUUUUUAUGUAUGAAUUUGUCACAUCAACUGUCAAACAUUUUAGAAAAUAUGGCAUGUUUGGUGUUCUGUUUCUUACUUCAUUUAUCACAGUACGCAUGAUGUGGAGAUGCCAGUGUUGGACUGGGGUGGACAAAGUCAAAAGCCACAUGACACUAGAUUAUAGAUCAACAAGUUUAUUUAAAAUCAUAAGCUUUUGUAGCUCUGCUCCUUUGUUAGGUAAAGAGGUGCACAGGCACAGAAUAUAUAAGCAGAAAAACUUUGUCUGUGUCAAUAUACAAGAUAUACUAUAGAAGUGGGUCAGGUACUGAUGGCUUUCAAUGAUAUCACUUAUGUGGACAAUGCCAGAAACUAUUAGGUUAACUGUGUACUCACUUUUUAAAAUUUCUCUAUGAAAAACAUCACUAUUAACUGGUUAUCUUGUUUGUCAAACAUUUCUGUUGGCAGGAGCUUGUUGUGUGCAAAUUGGAUGUUACUAUUCUUGCAUUACAACAGUGACUGUACUUCAAAAAUACGCUCUUGGCUGAAAAACAGUUGGUGAUAAUCUGAGGAUAUGAUAGGUGCUAUAUAAAUUGAAGCUCUUUCCACUGUAAUUGGCAUAGAUCAACACCCCUUACUUAGAGAAGUAAUGCUCGCUUAAUACUGCCCCCUUAUACCCAUUUGAGUGAGAUAAUCUAUUUUGUGUUGCAGUUGGGGUUCUUUUUGUUCUUUGGUCUGUGCUUAUUAUGAAUUGGACUGACACUGUGCUCAUUAACUUCUGAUGUUUAGACAAUCUUAAUCCAGCUCCUAAAUUACCCUUAAUUCUUUAACUGACAGGCUAACUCACGGGUACAGGUGGCUUGUGUGGGGAAAAGAGAAAACCACAACUGUUUUUGUUCUUGCAUGGAAUGUGUGUAUCACUGGUAAUGACAGCUUAGUGGUUCCUGAGAGGAUUCUUCGGAGGCCAGGUAUGCGUCAACUACAUGACUGUAGGUCUAGAGUAAUCUGUAGGCCACACCAGCUGAGGAUAGUAGUUUUAUCAUUGGAAAAAGGUACAGUGCUCCUCAAAAUUUGGGUUUGAUACCUGAAUUAAAACACCAGGUAUACUGUGAAAAUGACUCUGCCCUAAUCGGUCUACUGACGUCAAUGACGCACGUCAUGCUGCUUCACUUAUAUCUGUUCUGUUUCCUGCCAAGUCUCCAUAUCCUUUAACAAUGACUGGGAAGGGUUCCAGCUUUAGAAAGAAAAAUCAAUUGAUUGGAACUCAGGAUACACAAUAAAUCACAAAUCAUGCAAAGACUGUAGGGUGGGGUGGGAUGAAGAAUGAAUGGAGCAUCCAUAUUCUAUAGUGGAUUUGCCUAUUAAGAUUGAAUGAGAAAGGUCAUCCUAUGAUCAAUUACAGUAAAACAAGAAGGCAAAUUACCAGUUUAUCCUUUGAAGUUAGUUGUUGUUUUGGAAGUUACAUGUAAUGCCUACUGUUGGUUCACGAAGUGAGCAUGAUAACUCCUGUGAUACUGAUUUACAUAGGUCAGGUAACCCUGAUUCCAGUUCUUGUCUGGCCUGAAUUUCUUGAUCCUUAUAUAUGUAAUUGAUCUUCCAUAUACGCAGCCAUCCAUGACCAGAAAAAGCCAUUGUGAUUCAUGACUUUAGUUACCCAUGUCCCAGGUCAAUAACUCCAUAGUUUUAGACCUUCACAAUUGCUUGUUCCUUGUCAAAAACCAAUCAGGAUUCCUGUGAAAAUCGCUGAUGCUUUCUACUUCCGCUGAAUCCAAGAACAGAAUGUUUCGUGCCAUUCAGCAUUUUCCAUAUGUAGUAGUUGCUGUGCUGACCUCUUGGAAAGUUUGUACCCAUUUCACAUUAUUGGACUCUUGAACUCCAUGAUAAGGCUUCCUUGAGUUUUCUUCUUCACAGUGGGUUGUGAGAUGGCAAGGGUGAGAAAAAAGGGUGACUGCAGUUCUUGUGUCAGUUGAGGACUUAAGAAUGGCUAAAAGUUCUGUUCUGCUGAUAGGCUUAAAAGAAUCCAAUAAUUUGAGUGAUUUGAGCAUUUUCUUUCCCCAGAACUCAGUGGCCAACUAAUAGCUUUACCCUGGCAAUGCAGAGAAGCAUAAUAGAAAUUGUGAAAAGUAUUUAUUUGCUUCAAAUUUGUUCUCUAUUGUUGUAAUAAAAAAAACAGAAAUUGUCACAAAGACCCAGGAUCUGGAAACAGAACAGUGAAGAUAACAUGUUGGCUAGAGGUUUGUCCUCCUUCCAUGGGUCUGAGGUUACAGGAAUUUGCACUGUUUUACUGGGAAUGUUUUUGUCCUGCUGGAACUGAUGCCAUGAUUUUAUGAGUGCAGCAUGUCUAGUGUCAGUGGAGGAUGGAAGGAGUUUGCAAUACCAGCAGUGUUAAAGUGAAAAUGUGAAAUUUAACAAAGCGAUCAUGUUUCCCAGUGAAGCCCUGGUAAGAGCCACUGCUGAAAUUCAAUACUGUGUUAACUUUAAAUGCUACGUUGGAUUACCUUCCCAUUCUUAUGAAGUAGUUCUUCCUGGAGAUGCUGACAUAAAUGAGUGAUA